GCUGCGGAGCCGGCCAGCAGGAUGGACACCAGGAGGGGCCUCCCGGACAUUGAGAGUCACAGGGACCUCCACAUAUGGAUCAUUGAGAACCUGCAGAUGGUGCCGGUCCCCGAGAUGGCUUACGGGAACUUCUUCGAGAAGCACUGCUAUGUCGUUCUGCACGUCCCCCAGAGCCUGAACGCCACGCCGGGGGUGCCCAAAGACCUGCACUACUGGGUCGGCAAGACGGCGGGAGUGGGGGCGCAGGGCGCGCAGGGCUCCUUCAUGCAGCACCUGAAGGAGGCGCUGGGGGGCGCCACCGUGCAGCACCGCGAGGUGCAAGGCCACGAGUCCGCCUGUUUUCGGAGCUACUUCCGCUCGGGAAUCAUCUACAGGAAGGGAGGCCUGGCCUCUGCCCUCAAGCACGUGGAGACCAACGUGUACAACAUCCAGAGACUGCUGCGCAUCCGAGGGGGGAAGCACGUGUCUGCCACCGAGGUGGAGCUCUCCUGGCACAGCUUCAACAAGAGUGACGUCUUCCUGCUGGACCUGGGGAGGAUACUGAUCCAGUGGAAUGGGCCCAAGGCCAGCGCGGCCAGGAAGGCGCGGGGCCUGUUCCUGACCCACAGCCUCCGGGACAGGGAGCGUGGUGGUCGUGCACAGGUCAGUGUGGUGGAUGAUGAGGCUGAAGCCACUGACCUCAUGGAGAUCAUGGAAGUUGUGCUGGGCCGCAGAGUGGGCAACUUGCCUGACGCGAUGCCCAGCAAGAGGAUGAAUCAGCUGCAAAAGGCCAAUGUCCACCUCUACCAAGUCUGCCAGAAGAGCAAGGAUCUGGUGGUCCAAGAGUUGUCAACCUGCCCAUUGGCCCAAGAUCUACUUCAGAAGGAGAACUGCUACAUCCUGGAUCAGGGUGGCUUCAAGAUCUACGUGUGGCAGGGACGCCUGGCCAGCCUCCAGGAUAGAGGGGCUGCCUUCAAGAGGGCUCUGAGCUUCAUCCAGGCCAAGGGCUACCCGAGCUACACCAGCGUGGAGGUGAUGGACGACGGUGCUGAGUCGGCCAGGUUCAAGCAGCUCUUCCGAUCGUGGUCUGGGCCUCAGCGCAGCAAGAACCUUAGUGGGAUGGGUAAACUGCUGCAGGGGAAGCUAGACGUAGGCAAGCUGCACAGCCAGCCUGAGCUAGCCGCCCAGCUCAGGAUGGUGGACGACGCUUCUGGGAGCGUGCAGAUGUGGUGCGUCCAGGACUCACGCAGGCAGCCCGUGGACCGCAAGCAUCACGGACAGCUGCGUGCAGACAGCUGCUACCUCGUCCUGUAUGCCUACCAGAGGAUGGGCCUUGGCCAGCACGUCCUGUACCUGUGGCAGGGCCUCCAGGCCACGGCACACGAGAUCAGGGCCCUGAGGGGCAACGCUGAGGAGCUGGACCUGUGGUACCGUGGCGCCCUGGUGCAGGAGCACGUGACCAUGGGCAGCGAGCCCCCCCACUUCCUCGCCAUCUUCCAGGGCCGGCUCGUGAUCUUCCAGGGGCGCCACGGGCACAGCAGGAAGAGGCAGCCAGCACCCGCCGUGAGCCUCUUCCACAUCCAAGGCACCAACAGUUAUAACGCCCGGACCCUGGAGGUGCCAGCCCGCGCCUCAGCCCUCAACUCCAACGACAUCUUCCUGCUGGUGACAGCCAACCUCUGCCACCUCUGGUUUGGAAAGGGCUGCAGCGGUGACCAGCGUGAGAUGGCGCGGGCCGUGGUCACCAUCAUCUCCAGGGAAGACAUGGAAAUAGUGCUGGAGGGUCAGGAGCCUCCCGACUUCUGGGAGGCUCUGGGGGGCCGGGCGCCCUACCCCAGCAACAAGAGGCCCCCCGAGGAUGUGUCCGACUUUCAGCCACGACUGUUUGAGUGCUCCUGCCAGACGGGCCCCCUGGUCCUCACAGAAGUAGUGUUCUUCAGCCAGGAGGACCUGGACAAGUAUGACGUCAUGCUGCUGGACGCCUGGCAGGAGAUCUUCCUGUGGUUGGGGGCAGCUGCCAGCGAGUGGAAGCAGGAGGCUGUGGCCUGGGGCCAGGAGUACCUGAAGACCCACCCAGCAGGGAGGAGCCUGGCCACACCCAUCGUAUUGGUCAAGCAGGGCCACGAGCCUCCCACCUUCACCGGAUGGUUCUGCACCUGGGACCCCUACAAAUGGAGUAACACCCAGUCCUAUGAGGAGGUGGUGGAGGGUGACCCGGGAGCAGUUUCUACCAUCUCUGAGAUAACAGCCGAGAUCGUCAACUUCCGGCUGUCCAGAUGGCCAGGCAGUGACAGGGCAGGCCCGUUGGCCCUGCGGGCCCUCAAGAGCUGCGAGGACAGCUCCGAGAGCGAGCUGGAGCUGGGCCCCCGCGCGGGCCCUGGCAGCCGGAGCACCGUCAGCAGCGCCAGCAGCAGCAGCUACCAGAGCAGCCCCCGAUCCCUGGGCAGCGGGGGCCUGCCCCGGGAACAGCUGAUGCACCAGGCUGCUGAGGACCUGCCGGAGGGCGUGGACCCGGCCCACAAGGAGGCCUAUCUCUCAGGCUCUGAUUUCCAAGAUAUCUUUGGGAAGUCCAAGGAGGAGUUCUACAGCAUGGCCAAGUGGAGGCAGCAGGAGGAGAAGAAGCAGCUCGGCUUCUUCUGAGCCCAGGCCCUGCCCUGCCAGUGCCACACAGAUGGCCCAGGCACGGGUACCCACCUGCGGGCACGUCCCUGCAAAUACCUGAGCCCUCCCUCCUUGGAGACUCCUGGUCCCUAAAAUAAA